AUGUUACAGACAGUCGGUGAGUGGCUGUGGUGGGAGCGUCUGUGGCUGCCGGCAAACGUCUCCUGGUCGGAUCUGGAGGACAGUGAAGGUCGUGUCUACGCUAAGGCCUCUCAACUCUACGCAGCUCUGCCCUGUGCCCUCUGCCUGCUUCUCGUCAGAUACGUGUUUGAAAGGUAUCUGGCCACACCAUUGGCUGAUGUUUGGGGGAUCAGGGACAGGAUACGUCAGACAGCAGAACCAAACCCCACCUUAGAAAACUACUUCUGCCACCAAGCACGGCUUCCAUCACAGGCCGAUGUGAGGUCACUGUGUAAAAAGACGAGUCGGUCAGAGAGAAGCAUUCAGGUCUGGUUCAGGAGGAGGAGGAACCAGGAGCGACCGGGACUUCGAAAGAGGUUCUGUGAGGCCAGUUGGAGAUGUUCAUUUUAUUUAUUCGCAUUUGUCAGCGGAGUUCUCGCUCUGUAUGAUAAACCUUGGCUUUACAAUCUGAAGGAGGUUUGGGCAGGUUUCCCAAAACAGUCCAUGCUGCCGUCUCAGUACUGGUACUACCUCCUGGAAAUGGGCUUCUACCUCUCUCUGCUCCUCAGCCUCACAUUUGAUGUGAAGCGGAAAGACUUCAGAGAGCAGGUGAUUCAUCAUAUAGCCACGCUGACUCUUCUGAGUUUCUCCUGGAUUUCCAAUUACAUCCGUAUCGGGACCCUGGUGAUGGCAGUUCACGACUCUGCCGACAUUCUGCUGGAGGGAGCAAAGGUAUUCAACUAUGCCAAGUGGCACCAGACUGCAGACGCCAUGUUUGUAGUCUUUACUGUUCUCUUUAUGGCAACAAGACUUGUCAUUUUUCCUUUCUGGCUAAUCCACUGCACAUGGGUGUACCCUAUGGAGCAGUUCCCUCCCUUCUUUGGCUACUACUUCUUCAACGUCAUGCUGGUGGUUCUGCAGAUGCUGCACCUCUACUGGGCUUUUCUCAUUUCACGAAUGGUUUACAAGUUUAUCUUCGCCAAGCUGGAGGGCGACGACAGAAGUGACGAAGAGGAGUAUGACAGUGACUCGCAGAGGGAGAUCAACCCCAAACUGAGUCACAUUAAUGGCGCUGGAGCCAGAGACAGAGCCAGUGGCCACUGACUAUACAGACAGACAGACAGGGAAGUCAAUAGCAGACUCAUGGACAUAAUCUGACUGGAUGCAGCUCUUAGAACCUAAUUGCAUAUUUAAAAAAACAGAAAAAGUUUUUGAGCACAGAAUAUAUGAGGGACUGUGAAGGAUUAUACAUAAACUCACUGGACACCGCAUGUUUUUUUACUCACACAGUAUUGUGUGUUUAUGUUCAUGAAUGUUGUCUGUGAGUCCACAGUUUCUUGCAUCAUGGUAAUGAGAAGCAGUGCUGGAAACUAAGUACAUUACUGUACUCAGUGUGUAGGAAUGUGGAAUGUGUUGGUAUUGUAUUAAAUUAAUGUAUAAUCACCUGAUCGUCUAAUCAUAGUUGUGUUUUUUGUUGCCUUAGAGUGAGCCAUUUAAAUCUACAUUGCGAGCGGGUUCUCUUCCAUGUAGGCCACCUUACUGUUUCCACUGCAGCCCAAUAAGUCAAGAAGCAAACUCCCUACUAGAUGCCAGUAAAUCUUUCACACAGAACCUUAAGUACAAUUUGUUUUGGACAUAAACACAAUUUACAGGACACAGUCUUGAGAUUAAAAUGUCCAUAAAAACAGCCAGAAACAUUUGCAUG